UGUAAAUAUAUCCGCAAAAAAUACUGGACAACAAAAACGAAACAACAUCAUAAAAUGCUUAAAUAUGUCGUAUACAAUACAGGAAAAAAUUGGAAUUAUUGAUCUAUUACAAACGGAAAGAAAUAACAUCUCCAUUUUAUAUCAACUGGCCAAAAGUGUAACCAAAAAUGCUAUAGACGUGCCCACGGAGUUAGAUGCCUUGGAUAGUAUAUUUCUGCACAUACCGGAUUGCACAACACUUUUAAGCAAACGGCUGAUAACCAAGGAAAUUAUCUUCAGAUAUUUACAUAAAAAGAAAGUGCCGCUAACCGCGGACUUUACCAAAACCCAACUGGUUAAAAGACUUAUAGAUUAUUGGUAUCAGAGUUAUGCCUCAAUGCACACACAAAAUGGUUGUACUGCUGUAACAAACUACAAUUCAAAUCAACAAAAUACAAUUUCCACAAAUGACCAUUUAUCGUCAGCUGCUACGUCUACACAUUUACAAGAACCCUCUGAAUUUCCCAUACACUUGUUGGCUCGCAAAUUUUCCGAAUGGUUUUUCGAGAAUUAUAACAAAAAUACUUUAAAAUUAAACGACUUUUGGUUGGAUGCUUCAUUACUAUUGCAAAUAACCGCCAAUGAUGGUAUAGACGAACAUAUGUGUAAUGAUUCAGAAAGUAUAUUGCAAACACUUGUGGAAACCCGUGAACGUUUUGGUUUUUAUUUUAAUCCCAAUCUUACACAUGCUGGCGUACAGGGUCGUAUGGAUGUGCAUGGUUUGGUUUUGGUAUUGACCUGUGGUACGCUACACACUGAAAAGGAUUGCGUUGGUGUAUUUGAGUGUGUAUUUGGGCUUUUAAGAGAUCCAUUUGCCGAGAAUAAUUGGAAAACGAAAAAUAUAAAAUGUAUUCUACGCAGUAAAGGAGCACCAGUUAUGCCUUCGCUGGAAGAAAGUGACACUUUAAAGGAGGCUUUGGAAUUACCUGUGCCGCAAGGUGAAUUGACAUAAUAGCUUAAAAUCUCUAUAAACUUCUGUAUAAACAUUACUCUAUUUAAGUAAAUAAAUGAAAAGUGAAAAAUAUAAUAAAAUUAAAUUUCUGAGGUUAGAAAAAAUAAAUUUUCUAAAAAAAUUA